AACUUCUGCCAAGGCUCGGAGAUGCCAACUAUGUCAAGGCCUGCACUGGCUGUGAAAGGUGGCACCAGCAGCAUCCUGUACUACCCCGGAGUGGGAGGGGGCCUCAAGGCCAGCGGGGCUCCCACUGGUUCCUCAGAAUCUCCAUCUCCAAUGGGCUCUCCUACUGCCACCCCUCCCUCUAAACCCCCACCCUUCAGUGUGCACCCCACCCCUCACCUGCUAGCCAGUAUACAGCUGCAGAAACGGAAUAGCCAGUAUCAUGCGGUGGCUGCCACCACUCCGGGCCAACCUGGGGAGGCAGGGAUCCUGCAAAACUGGGGGUGUGAGGCUAAGGCAGGAGGAGCGGAGUCACUCUGUCCUGCUGCUGCUGGUGCCCAGAGCCCUGCUGUCAUUGAUUCUGACCCAGUGGGUGAGGAGGUGCUGCUGAUGUCGCUGGUGGUGGAACUGGGACUGGACUGGGCCGGUGAGCUUCCGGAGCUGUGGCUGGGGCAGAAUGAGUUUGACUUCACUGCAGACUCUCUGUCUGGUUGCUGA